CGCUCCAGGGCAGAGGAGAGAAAUAAAUAAAGAAAGUAGUAGGGCUGGGAAAGCAGCAAAGAAGGAGAGGACGAGCAGAGAAGGAGUGUGCUGGAGUUUUAUCGAGGUCUGGAGCUUUCAGAUUUUUUUUUUCUUUUUUCCAGUCUCUGCUUGGCCCCUUUUUUUUCUUUUUUUUCCUUUUUUUUCUAAAACUUUCUGAGACUGGUGCCUAUUUUGGUCCGUUGGUGUCGGAGCGGUUUAGGAUGGAUGCCAUCAUGCUGCAGGAAAAACUGGUGGAACGGCUGCUGUGCCCACGAGUGAGAACGGCCAGACAGAAGGAGAAGCAGUAUGUGGGCUUUGCGACUCUGCCCAACCAGGUCCACAGGAAGUCGGUGAAGAAAGGCUUCGAUUUCACGCUGAUGGUGGCAGGAGAGUCUGGGAUGGGAAAAUCCACGCUGGUCAACAGCCUCUUCCUCACAGAUCUCUACAAAGACAGGAAGUUACUGAACGCCGAGGAGCGCAUCAACCAAACCGUGGAGAUCAUCAAACACACUGUAGACAUUGAGGAGAAAGGAGUGAAGCUCAAACUAACCAUCGUCGACACGCCGGGCUUCGGAGACGCCGUCAACAACAACGAGUGCUGGAAGCCGAUCACAGACUACAUAGAUCAGCAGUUCGAGCAAUACUUCAGGGAUGAGAGCGGCCUGAACAGAAAGAACAUCCAGGACAACAGAGUCCACUGCUGCCUUUACUUCAUCCCUCCGUUUGGACAUGGGCUUCGUCCGGUCGAUGUCGAGUUCAUGAAGGCUCUGCACGAGAAAGUCAACAUCAUCCCGCUCAUCGCCAAAGCCGACUGCCUCACGCCCAACGAGAUAAAAAAGCUCAAAGACAGAAUACGAGAGGAAAUAGACAAGUUCGGGAUCAAAGUGUACCAGUUCCCCGAAUGCGACUCCGAUGAGGAUGAAGAGUUUAAACAGCUUGACAAAGAGCUGAAGGAGUGCACCCCGUUCGCCGUGAUCGGCAGCAACACGGUGGUGGAGGCUCGAGGGCAGAGAGUCAGAGGGAGGCUGUACCCCUGGGGCAUCGUCGAAGUGGAGAACCAGUCACACUGUGACUUUGUGAAGCUGAGGAACAUGCUGAUUCGUUCGCACAUGCACGACCUCAAAGACGUGACCUGUGACGUCCACUACGAGAACUACAGAGCGCAGUGCAUACAGGAGAUGACCAGUAAACUGGCUCAGGACAACCGCAUGGAGAGUCCCAUCCCCAUCCUGCCGCUGUCCACUCCGGACGUGGACACCGAGAAGCUCAUCAAAAUGAAAGAUGAGGAGCUGAAGCGGAUGCAGGAGAUGCUGAACAAGAUGCAGCAGCAGAUGCACGAGAAAGACCAGUGAAGUCUCACAGAGCCGACGCUGCACCGCGGCGCCACCUGCUGUUCCUCCCCCCGAACGACAGCGAGACCUUCAGACUCUGACCGUUGAUAUCAAGUGUUAGUGGCAACUCUGGCUGUACGUUUCUCUUCGGUUUGGUGCUUUUGUAUAGUUUGUCUGCUUGGAGGGUUUUUUGUUUUUUCUCUCUCUCUCUCUCUGAAACUAUCCGUUUGCCCAUUUUGAGCCCUUUUCGCUGUGGUCUUAACAUAUAUAAUAUAAAUGCGUAAUUUAAAUAACUUCUCAGUGUAUCUAAUUUAUAAAUGCGAUGCUAAACUUUUUUGGAUAUAAUGUCAGGGUGUGUGCUGCGAGAUGUUUUGUAAAGAAAACGUAGGUCGUUGGUGAUAUUUAGAUUUGAACAUGGAUAUUGUUUUUUAUUACGUGUGUUUGGGUGUGAGUGUGUGUUUCAUGGAAUUUCCUUUCAUAUCACCCCGUAUCCGUCCAUAAAGCUCCCAUUUGGUCAUAAAAAGGUGGCACAGUGACUUUUUUAAAAAUUAAAAUCUGACUUUUGCUUGUGUUUAGUUGCUCAUAAAUAACAUUUUUCACACACAGCGAGACAAAACAUCCUCUCCCAGCGUUUUAUUUUUUAUUAAUCUGCUGGCUGAGCUGAAAAUGCACUUAUUGCCAGUGGCUUAGUGUGACGGGAGAGCCUCUGACAUAAUGAGAGGUUUGAGCAGUGCAGGGUGCAUGUGCAAGCAUGCUGCCAUUACUCAUAUCCGCUGAAGGCUGUGGGCCUAUUUUUACUGCUUUAUAACCGAUGCCCUGUGCUUGUAUCAAACGCAUCAUUGACCUCCUUCGUUAAAAUUAGCUCCACAACGAGGGGCAAAUACUGUGUCUGUGUUCUCCUUGGAAGUGAGUUUUGCCAUUGAAGUGGUGUAGCCUACAUGUAUGUUAAGAUCAUUUGUGAGCAUGUGAGUGUGUGUGUGUGUGUGUGUGUGUGUGUGUGUGUGAGGGUGUGUUGACUCUGCUGAUGCUGAUGAUCUGUACAUAUUUUUUGCCUGAAGGCUGUGAGCUCAGCCGGCGUCCCAUUUACAAAGGUGUGACAAAUAAACUCCUGUUUCUCGUCAGUCUGGC